CCGAAGUCCGGUGCGGCGGGAGGCGGCGGUGGGCGUCAUGGUGCGUUCGCUCAACUCCAUCGUGGCCGUGUGCCAGAACAUGGGCAUCGGGAAGGACGGCAGCCUGCCCUGGCCGCCGCUGAGGAAUGAGUACAAGUACUUCCAGAGAAUGACUAGCACAUCCCAUGUGGAAGGUAAACAGAAUGCCUUGAUAAUGGGUAAAAAAACCUGGUUCUCCAUUCCUGAGAAGAAUCGUCCUUUAAAAGACAGAAUUAAUAUAGUGCUCAGCAGGGAGCUCAAGGAAACCCCAAAAGGAGCUCAUUAUCUUUCCAAAAGUCUGGAUGAUGCUUUAGCUCUUCUGGAUUCACCAGAGUUAAAAAGUAAAGUAGACAUGGUUUGGAUCGUCGGAGGCACUUCAGUUUACAAGGCAGCGAUGGAGAAGCCAAUUAAUCAUCGAUUGUUUGUGACAAGAAUUUUGCAGGAAUUUGAAAGUGACACAUUCUUUCCAGAAAUUGACUACAAAGACUACAAACUUCUCACUGAAUACCCAGGUGUCCCUGCUGAUAUCCAAGAAGAGAAUGGCAUCCAGUACAAAUUUGAAGUGUAUGAAAAAGCUGUCUUGGCACAAUAAAUGAGGCUUUCUGUACUUCUGUGUAAGGGCAGACAUUUUAAAUCAUGAAGUCUUAUAAAGUGCAAAUAUAUAUUAAAUUAUUGAGAGAAAAUGCUGCUUGAUAGUACAAUACCUCAGUAAUGAAUGAUUCAAAAAAACCACACCCUACACUCUGGAUAUAUACCCUGCAGUGGAAAUAUGAAGGUGGUCAGCAGCGUGAAAGAGGUAGCUCUAAGGAAUACCUCAACUAAGGUUGCAUGAAACCUUGUAUUGAUCUUUACAAUGCAUGGCAGCAUCCCUAACAAUUGCAAGAGUAAUGACUGAUGCUAGACUGCGUCAGAACCUUUCUACCUAAACAAAGGUUUUGAGUAUUUCCUGAUUCAAAACAUCCAACGUUGAGAAAGCAUCGAAACUCCUGAGUUUGACUGGGAUAGUAUAUACAUUUGUAACAGCCUUUAAAACAUGGUGGUGUAGAGGAAAAAGUAAGCAAGCAUAAUAAGAGAAAUGGAGUCUGGAAAGUCUGAGGCAGCAGCUGAGGGAUACAUUGACCGCUCAUGGAAGUCCUCUCUUGUCAUCUUAACCAUCCUGGGUACACAGCCUACUUCAAGCCUUUUGGCUGAAAACACUGACUUACAAAUUAAUCUGAUAAAGAAGUUUUAACAUUUCCAUUAACUUCACAGCUGUGUAAAGUCUUGCUGCUCUUACAAAAAGUUGCUAUGUCAGUUUGACCGUGGCCACUUUGCAGUAUAAGAACAUCAACAUCCCUCUCUUAAUAGGAUCAGUGUUUUUAUGUUCCUUCUAAAUGUUAUCAGUGCAGAUGCAGAGUGUUAAUUUGUCAGUGUGGUUUGGAGUAUUCUGUGUGGCAUACAAACAUGGAUUAUAAGCAGA